AUGGAGUCCAUUAGAACCAAAAAUAAUUUAUAUUUACUAUUGAAGCGCUCGAAAACUAAUCUUACUAAUCAUUUAUUUCUUCAAACUGAAAUUUUGAAACUUACUAAAGUAAAGAUUUCUGAAGGUGCCCUCAAAUCAUUAGAAUUGUCACUGAGAUAUUUUUGUAAUAAUUUACAUAAAAAAUGGGUUAGCGCUUCAUAUAAUGAAAUUCGAUUUUUGAAUAAACACGAUACGUGGCUUAUGCAAAACUAUAUAUUGCCGGAAGAUUUCGCAUCUGAAAUUCGUGUUAAAAAUGUGUCUCCUAAUAGAGGUUCAAACUUAAAUGAAACAAAAUUUAAUAAUUAUUCUGAUAGACAUAAAAAUCGUAUAACUGAAUCACUAAGAAAUAAUUAUUCGAGUGAUGAACUUCUGCAUGCGGCAAAAUUUAAAUGUAAAACUGAGGGUAAAAAUGAUAUGGCUUCAAUUUUAAAUUAUUUAAUUGAAAACCCCAGUGAAGCAAACAGAAUUAAAAAAACAUGUGAAAAAAAUAGUAUUUAUUUAGACACGCUUUCGAAAAAUAAAGCACUUGGUAUGACAAAAAAAAUGAUAACAGAGCUGCUAUCUACAGUAGCUCUUUUUUCUUUAUUAAGUUUUAUAUAG